AUGGCCUCGAGAGAAGCCUCUCCCCUGUCCACCGCGGACGAGGUCGAAUCCUCCGACCACGAGUCCGUCAAACAGGAGAGUCGCGCGCACUCCCCUUCGGCCUCGAACAUGCCGCCCUCCAAACGCCGUCGCACCGGUGUAGCCUCAUGGGACCGCCAGACGCCACUGUCAUCCGUGCAGGAUGAGAUGCCGCCUCCGACCUCGCCCACCGCCUCGAUUUCCUCCGAUUCCUCGGGCGACAUCCCCAACUCGCCCAGCCUGCAGGCCGUGCUCGGCAACAACCAGGACGAGGAGUACAGCGGCCAGAACAAUGACCAGAUCACCGUCUGCCGGUGGGACGGAUGUAGCGCCGGCGAUCUGGGCAACAUGGAUGGACUGGUGCAGCACAUCCACAACGAACACAUCGGGAGCCGACAGAAGCGGUACUCGUGCGAGUGGACCGAUUGCAGCCGGAAGGGUCAAACGCACGCCAGUGCGUAUGCGCUGCGCGCUCAUAUGAGGAGCCAUACCCGCGAGAAGCCGUUUUACUGCACCUUGCCUGAAUGUGACCGCAAUUUCACCCGAUCCGACGCUCUAACCAAGCACAUGCGCUCCGUCCAUGAGACCGAUGGCCCGCGCGUGACCGACUCCAAGGGCCAACCGAGCACCCCUGCCUCGAAGCUGCAGCGCAUCCGUCUGAAGCUCACCCACCCGCCCAAGGAACCCGGGGCUGAGCAGGCCGAGCACAACAACGAGCCCGCCACAAUCACCGCCUCUACAAUAAACAAUGCUGUUGGCGAGUCAUCCGACCUCGAUGAGAUGACCAUGCCCGAGUUCACUUCAGACCUCGGCUUUGACGACCACGAACUCUCCAUGCACCCGCGCGACCUGUACCGUCUUCUGCGGCGGCAAAUCUCCUGGGCCGAGAAAGAGGCCGCGCAGUUGCAGUCAGAGUGGGAGCAAAUUCGGCCACAGCGAGAACGCGCCUGGGAGGAGAAGGAGGUUAUUGUUGACGACGUGAUUGAGGGCGAGCUCAGGCUAUUCAGCGCCAUUGUUGGCACCACUACCGACGUCAGUAUUCCGACUGGUCCUGCGGCCACUCUUUCCAGUAGUCUGGAUAAGUUGCAGCAGCAACAACAGCAAUUUAAAGAACAGCAGCGGCAGCAAGGGAUCAAGCCGGCCGGAGUAGCAUGA